UUUUUGUCGGCAUGUUUUUAUUAUUUUUAAGAAAAUUUAUUUGUUUUACUUUUCUUCUUCAUAACUUUAGGAUUACUAGUAUCCAUCCGUUUAUUACCUUAUUUAACCUCCUUUUCCGGCUCUUCUACUUCGUCUCUUUAGCAGGCCGAAUUCGACAUAAUAAAUCUCUUAGCAGUUAGAUAAUUUGUUAAUAAUAAAUCACGUGGUAUGUUACGAUUUAAC